UCAGGAAUCUUCACUGCCAUGUCUGCGAAACUACCUGAAACCCAAAAUAUUUGCAUUCAAAGGCCUUAUCAGAAGACUUUUAUGAAAUCAAAAUUUUGCCUAUGCAUUGAGAGUAUGCCAUCAGAGAUACUACUGAAGAUAUUUUCUUAUUUGGAUGCUGUAUCCCUGUUGUGUAUCGGUUGUGCGAAUAAACGCUUCUAUCAUCUGGCCAAUGACAAUGUGAUCUGGUUCAAAAUUUACUCCAGUUUUUUUCCACCUAAAAGAACAAAUUGGAAAACUAAAUCUGUUGAAAGAACAGCUGUCUUACUAAGCCAUGCUAUGAUUCAGGACAGAGAAUCGGGAUAUUGGAAGAAUGAAUAUAUCAUGAAACAAAUAGCAACUGGCAAAACUAGAAUAAUUCAGCUUCUGAAACCUAUAAACCCUUACACUGGCCUUCCACUUAAAACCAAAGAAGCUAUCAAAACAUAUAGUUUGAGUUGGGUGAUUGUACUGAAGGACAGAAAUGGAAAGGAACAUGUAAUGGAGCAGGUGGACAUCUCUUAUAAUGACACAUCUAUUACUGUAUUUUGGUAUGGUACAAACUGGCCAUGUUUAGACACUUUGUCAACGCUGGAAUUAUGUGGAGUGACACCAUUGCUUCUUGACCAAUGUAAAGUUUCCACCAAGAAUGGACCUCGGCGACGUUCCUUAAUUGCUGAGUUCAACCUUACUAACCUCACUAAAGUGACAACAAUGAUUGGCUCUGACAGGCUUGUGCAACUUUUCUGUUUGAACCCAGGACUCCUGGUGGGUCUCUGGAAGAAAGGAAAUGGAAUUGCUUUUGUUACGGCGAGUCUUCAUCAUCAUCAACUUAUUGAGAGAAGCACUUUGGGCUCUGCCACUAUACAAUAUAUCCUGCCCCCUCAUAAACCUAUACUGGAUGAUGUUGACCGAGAAUAUGGACUGCAUGGCUACCAACUACAUAUUGAUAUGCACAGUGGAGGACAAACUUAUAUGUGUGGUACAUUUCGCAAUCUGUUCUGCAGAAAAGAUUACAUUCGAAAUGGAUACUUGAGGCUUACAGUUAUAAGUUUAAAAAAUAAUUCACAACAUUUGCCUCUUGCUGGGAAAGUUGGCUUCUUCUGGAGAACUGAUGUGUUUGAAGGCAAUGUACAGAACUGUUACGUAAUGGAUGUGACCCUCUUGGAUGAAACCGAAAAACCCUUCUGGUGUUUCAGUGCCCCAGUCUACAUGAAACUUUCUUCCAAGGCAUCCUGCCUUUAUGACUAUAUGGGCCACAACUAUGACUUAAACUAUGUGGAUUCAGAGGGUAAAGUCCACGUUGAGCUGGUUUGGAUAGAAGAAACCAAGGAAUACUAUAUAGUCAAUCUGGUUCUUUAUCUAAGCACUGAAAAAGUUAACCGCUGGUUUGGAACAAAAUACUGA